CUACCAUGGUUUUAUAACUGCUCAAUUACAGUUUGUAUCAUUUCUCCUAAGAAAAACAGUGAACAAUUUCAGAAAGGGACCUAGAAGAGUGAGAUUUUUUUUAGUAGUUUGUCAUACUUGCUAGAGUGCUACAUCAAGGAGUGUGGAGCCCAAACAUUUUAUUGUAAAUCACUUAUUAAAAAUUUUGGCAUGUUUCAUAGGUAUACAUACACACAUAUAAAUUUUAUACAUGUUCUAUUAUAUUGUUGUAAUUUUUAAAACAUACAUAAAGUACAUAAAACAGCAAUUUUUAAAAUGCUAAAAUUAAAAAUAUAAAAAUAGAAGCUAAUUGUUUUUAAUCCAAAAGAAUUUUCUAUUCUCCCUGGGAUGAAUUUGAAACUGAACUAUAGAAUUAGAUCUUUUAAGAUUUUCCUUGCAUCCUUACAAAAAGUUAUAACAAACAAAAGACUUAGGCUCUUGAAGUUUAAUUUAUCACUUGAAAACAAUUCAAAGUUGACUGCUAGUGUAUGUAUGCUUGAAUGACUGUUAUCUGUGCUAUUAUGAUUACAUGCUCUCUCGCCUGAAUUGCUAUCAUUAAGGAAGAGUGCAUUUGGGCGGUGCCUGUGGCUCAAAGGAGCAGGGGGUGGGUCCCAUAUGCCAGAGGUGGCAGGUUCAAACCCAGCCUCUACCAAAAACUGCAAAAAAGAAAAAAAAAGGAAGAGUGCAUUUGUUUAUAACAGCUGAUAAAUUGGGCCCAGGAUUGAGUUUAUUUAAUAAAUUAAUAAUUCAAAAUGAAUAUUUUACUUUGUCCUACUAACUGAUUAUAGUUAUUAAUAACAAUCAUAAGCAGGUUUUAUAUAGGAAUAACAAAUUAUCAUAUGAUUUCAACCAGAUUAUACACCUCUUAAAGAGAGACUGCAUCAUUUUUCUCCAGGUGUAGACACAGCAUCUUUUACCUAACAGGUGCUCAUAAAAAUGUUUACUUUUUCUUCAUCAUCAUUUGUUCAAGCCCUUGGGCAACCAGCCCUGUCUUUGUUUCCCAACAGGUUUGACCACCCUGUCACCUGGCAUUUUUCUGUCCCUGACAUGACAACUUCCACCCACUGAUUUUUGACAGUUGCCAAAGAAAGUCUGCAAAUAGAAAACAUGCUAACUAGGUUUAAAAAUAAAUAAAUCAGUACUUUGACUAUACAAAUGUUGGUUUCACAGUAAAAAUUUUUCUAGUCACCAAACUGAUUUCUCUUAGCAAAUUCACAAACAAUUUAGCUCCUGGAGAUUGUAACAUAAGGGAGAGGGUGGGGAGGAGGUUGCCUUAGAGAGGGAGGAUCGGCCUCAGAAUGUUUAUUUCCAGAAAGAAAAAAAAAAAAAAAAAUCCCCAGAAAGCCUUUCAUCCAGGAGGUCUCUGAACUCCUUACAGAUGAGAACUGUUACUUAGUUUCUGCCUAGACAUUAAUUUGGGAGCAGAGGAAAGACCGAGUUUAUCAGUGCAAUUUACCUUUAAGACUCUUUGCAAUUCCAAGACUGGUUGAAAAUUGGAGAAAAUGGUGGAGCCCAACACCCCCAAAUUCUGAAGCCCCUCCAACCUCUUCCCUUACAUACAAAAAAAAAAAAGGAGAAUGGGAGGGAGGGAAGAAACGAAGAAACGAACACAAGGUAGAAAAGAAAAUCCUGGUCCUCCAUUUCACUCUCCAUUCCUGAGAUGACCCAGUUCUUCUAAGAGAAAUCCAGCGCUGGGGUGUGUGGGUAUGAGAAAGGUCCCGCUCUCCUCCUGAGACCCAGGGCAGCCAGAGCAAGGCACUUCUUCUCCACACCCCACUCCAACCCAACUGGCCUCAAACUCUUUUAUAAAUUCUGGGGGACUUCGAAUCUCUCUCCUUGGACUUGAGUAAACUAAACGAGGAAAGCAGACCCGGCCAGAACAAGAGAUUGAAAAAGUGCAUCAGCAAUUCAGAUGCAGGGUGACGCUGGGGCGGGCAGGCUUGGACUCUCCGCUCCCUGUGACUAGGACACAGCUGGCUUUGAAUAAGAACACUAAAUGCACUACAUUUGGUCUCUCGCCCGGCCGCCGGCUAGUGGCACCCAGCCACUCGUCCCCGCCGGCCAGGCCCUGGCCCUGGCUUGCGCGAUACAGGGAAUGCCCAUCAGCUGGCGGUUACACCUGUUAGGUGUUUCUCCACUCGCUGCCUCCGCCCUGCAAGCCUCCCACACACACACACACACACACACACACACACGGUUGGAGCCCCGGGUGCUGAGCGCGUGAAGUGGGUGGCUGAAGCCGGGCCGGGUUUCCCGAACAGACCCCCGCAGGACUCAAUGCAGAGGGCCGGGGCGGGGACCGGGGCCGGUGAAGGCGGGAGAGAUCAAUAAAGGCAGCGAGGGGUAUGCGGAGGGCAAGGGGAAGGGCGGCGGCUGCUCGCGUUACGCUUCCAGAGCCUACGGCAGAGACGCAGGGCUGAGCCGUGGAGGGGAUGGGGCUUGUACCAGCCCCUGCGUUGCUCCUCGCAGCCCCGGCGCCACCUCCCCUCGUCUGGCCUUGGCGCCCGUUAGGCCGUGCACGGUGAGCGCGGGUGCUGGCGGGCUACACCUCGCCCGGAAGGGCAGGGCCCGGCGGGGCCACGGUGGGGACACUCCCGGAGCCGGACGGCCCGCGCGUCGCCAGGGCGCACCAGCUCCCACUGCCGCAGGAAUCGCGGCCGGGACGGAGCUCCCUGCGCGCCCCCCGGGGGCCGGUAGCGGCUGGGAACCGGCGCGGGCUCGGCCGCUCGGCCUGGCAGCUCAGCCAGCACUGCAGCGGUGACGUGGGCUCAGGCGCUGGGCAGCCUGCGAGCCCAUGGCGGGUAGCGACAUGGACAGCGAGGGGCCGGCACGGAGAGGCGGCGCGGCGAGGCGACCGGGGGCGACCGGCGGGUCAGGAAGCGAAGCGGCCGCGGGCUGCCCGGAGCCGCUGUCCACUGCUGAAGCGCCGGCCGAGGGUGCCAAGCUACCCGCCUGGAUGCGCCUUUACUUCUAUGGGAUGCACGGGAUCACUCUGGACGUGCUGGUGUCCUCAGCUCGGAGCUUCGUUCGCAGCCCGGACCCCCGGAUGCUCGGCUUCUCCUCACCCUACCGCUGCCUGCUGCACUCGCUCACCCACUUCGCCUUGGAGAAGGUCUACCUGCAGCAGCGGCGCUGUCCCAGCGCCUUUGUCUUCAAUUUCCUCCUCUACCCGUCGGCUCACGUGGGGCUGCAGACCCUGACCGGCCAGGCGGUACUGCUCAGUCUGGGCGGGGGUCCGGGGGGCGCAGCAGCGCCAGGGGCGCUGGACCUGGCGCUGCAGUACGUGCUGGCGCUCUACCACUGCCAAGUGUUCCUCAAGCGCUUCCUGCGCUUGCGGUACGGGCGGCAGCGGCAGCAACAGCGGAGGAGCGCGCUCCCCGCCCCUCCCGGCGCCCGGGCCCCCGCGGCCAGUGCCCGGCGCCGACGACCCCGAGGGCCUAAGGGCGCCGGAGGAGCUCCCGGUCCCGGGCUGCCGGACCUGCUCCGCUUUCUGUUCUUCGGAAUGCAUGGUUUUCUAGAUGAGAUAUUCUUCACCUUCUUCUUUAACGUGCUGGGGCAGGGGGACGGAGCAACCGGCGGCCACACGUCGCUCUGGUCCUUCUUGAUGUACGGCAGCUGCAGUUUCGUGGUGGAAAAGCUGUACUUCCAUCUUCACUGCAGGCGCGGUUGGAGCGCCUGGAAGCGCGUGCCCAUCUACGUGAUCUUCAUCUACGUGUGGGAGUUGUCCUGGGGUCUGGGACUCCGCACGUGCGGGGCCUGUUCCUGGGACUAUUCUCACUACCCGCUCAACUUCCUGGGCCUCAUCACUCUGAUGUAUUUACCCGGUUGGAUAUUCCUUAGUGUGUACCAGGACCUACUUUCCAACGUGUUGUGGCAGGUACAGUACGUACCGACUAACUAAAGCCAAAAAAAGAAAAGAAAAGAAAAAAGUCACUGAUUCCCCCAAAGGAAUGUGAUUUAUUUUUACACAUUUAAAGCAGAGUGGGUUUUUUAAUCUUUUAAUUUUUAUACACUUUACUAAACACUUCCGACAUAUUUUCCUCUACAUUUUAGUUCUUCUGACUGUUAGGAACCUAUAUAUAAUACAAAACUUUGAAAAAUUACUAAAAACAUAACUCAAAGCACUUAACUUGUCAAUAUUUCAAAAGUUUUACAAGCCCAAACAGCAAAACCAUCAUACCUUAACACCAGAAAGCUGUAGUAUUUACUUAUCUGGACAUAGAUAAGUGAUAGCUACUAAUUCAAAAAUAAUUUAAAAGGAAGUUCUUUAAAUCAGAGAACAGUGAUUUUUAGAAGAUUUGGUGAAAUUUUCUGAUUUAAUGAUUUGUUUACUUUCUUUUUAAUCAAGUUUCAUUUUAAUUCAUGGCCAUAUUUACCAAUGACUGCUGGAACUCUAUGAAUAGUACUCCUGAAACCACAGUUAAUAGCUCUUAAAGUGCCUCUGUCUAGUACACAAGUGAAAAGAAGCUGGCAAAUUUUUAAAUGAGAAAUCUCUUCUAGCAACUCAGACAGGUGACACUGUGUUAAGAUAUUUGAUCUCCAUCCUGGAAAUGAUUGCUUUCCAAUGUGGCAUAGCCUUAAAAACCAAGUGUGUUAAUGUUGAUCAGAUCCUGUGUUAUCCAUGGCUGUAAAUUUUUCUUAUUGUGCAAUAAUAUAAAAUGUUUACCCUAUAUGUCCUGUCCAAGGGCCAAGUGAAAUUGUGUAACUUUUAAUAGUGUUCUAACUGUAAGGACCCUUUUCAACAUGGAGUUUCAAGGGCAGGAAAAAUACAUUGGAAUAAAAUGAACCUGAAUGUUCACUCUAAUUACA